UUUGACAUUUUUGACAGUUGACACAUUUUCGUUUCCGAUCUGAUCUAAAGGUGGUCGACUUUUUAAAAACCAACACCAUAAAAAGAAGGUGUAUCGGUGUUACGUAAACUGCAACAAUGGCAUCAACCCUAUCGAAAGCCCCGAUUUUGCGUGCGACCGCUGUACGUUCGUAUUCGUGUCAAGCGGUCCCAAUCGGUGGAACGACUACAUAUAAAGUCGAAAACAGUACCUUGCAGAAUAAACUUGUUGUGUGCUCUGCAGAAAAUGAUUCCCCAUUAUCAAGAGUUUCGAUUGUUUUCAGAGCUGGGUCAAGAUACGAAGGAGCUGAUAAUUUGGGUGUUAGUCAUAUGUUACGUAUGACUGCCGGCCAAUCUACUAGGAAUUGGUCAAACUUUGCCAUCGCCAGACGUGUAGCUCAAUCUGGAGCUACUUUAAGUUGCACUGCAGAUCGUGAAGUUGUUGCUUAUACUUUAGAGGGAACUCGUGCUGCUGUUGCUGAAUGUCUUCCUUAUUUAACAUCUGUUGCAACUGAACAAUUAUUCCAGCCAUGGGAAAUUUCUGAUCAAGAAAAACGUGUUAGAUUAGAAUUAGCAACCAGACCACCACAAUUACGUUGCAUUGAUUUAUUGCAUAAAGCGGCUUACAGAAAAACUUUGGGUAAUUCCCUCUUUAUUGCCAAAUACAACAUUGGAAAGAUUGGCUCAGAAACCCUUCAACACUAUGUUCGCCAAAACUUCACUCCAACUCGCGGUGCUGUUGUUGGUUUGGGAAUUGACCACUCCAAGUUGGAACAAAUUGGGCAAUGUUUAAAAAUCGAAUCUUGCAAAGAUGAGGCAUCUCCGGCUAAGUAUGCAGCUGGAGAAAUUAGGUCUGAUAAAGGUGGAGAUAUGGCUUAUGUGGCAAUUGCUAGUCAAAGCGCCGGAAUUUGCCAGAUUAAAGAAGCUUUGGCGUUUGGCGUUUUGCAAAGAGCUUUGGGAAGUGGUCCCAGUACAAAAUAUGGAAUGGAAAGUGCCAGUUUGUUGAGGAAAGCCAUUGGAGAUAUCCGCGAUCCACACUCAGUUUCAGCUAUUAAUUAUACUUAUUCAGAUUCUGGUCUUUUUGGGGUUUUGGCUGCUAUGCCAGCUAAAAUUGCUGGGCAAAUUACUACGAGUGUUGUUAAAACAUUAAAAUCUCUUAAAGUUUCUGAUGCUGAUGUUAAUAGAGGAAAGAAUCAGUACAUUACUGAUAUUUUAACUAGUAAUGAAUGUGGAAGAAAUGCCAUUGAACGUAUGGGAAGGGAAGCUGCUUUAACUGGAACCGGUCAAUCACCUUGUGAAAUAAUCGCGGAGAUUCAAAGCGUUUCUGCAAGCGAUGUUCAAGCGGCUGCCCAAAAGAUAUCGUCUGGAAAAUUGACGAUUGCAGCUGUGGGGAACUUACAUUGCGUUCCCUUCAAAGACGAACUGUAAACGUUAAUUUAAAUUAAAUUAAAACAAUUUUAAUAAAUGUAAUUGAGAAGGAGGAAAAAUCGCUUUGAUCGAUUAAGGUGAUUUUUAGGGGAGGUUCCUCCAAAGUAAAGAAUAUGUUGUAAUAAUUGUUAAAUAACAGUGUAUUUAACUUUUAUUUUAGUUCUUUUAUAAACUCCAAAUACCUAAAUAAA